AGCUAGCUCUCUCUAUUUGUGCUUGAGAAAUGAAAUAGUCAGGUUAACUUUUGGGUAAAGUUUUUCAGAAAGUUGAACCAGAUUACAAUUGAACCAACCAUCAACUUAUUCACUUCUCGUUUACAUUAAACUUUACAAUUUAUGACAAUUUCGCAGCUGUUUAACCAAUUUUAACUGUUAAAAAUCAGUGAACAACAUUCAUGACCCAAAGGAUCAAUAAUCUGUCACCAUUACCAUAAAAUAUGAUUGUGCCAUUUAGAGAUUUAUGUUUUACCGUUUAUUCAAAUUGUUGUGAUUGAUUAGUGAUUAGUGGUGGACAGUUAAUCAAACAAUUGGAUAAUCAUUUGACAUCAACCAUUGAUAAUUCCAAGGAAUAUACACAUCGAUAAUCAUGUUAUAAGUUACAAAUUACAACAAAAUUUCAUCUCUUCUCAUUUGCCAUUCCGUCAUUGUUUCUAAGCCAAAAAAAGUGUUUUGUAUUAUCGGAAUUAUGCCAAGAUGAAGGAUAUAAAUUUUAACACACUGACCAGUCCAUUGGUCUUAAUUAUACUUCUAUUUAUAUCAGCAAUUACUUUUGAUUCUGUUGCUUCGCUAUGUGAAACCGGCCAAGGUGAAAAGGUUGCCAUCUUGGAGAUACCGGAAAGUCUUGGUCAAAGAAUUGACCAGAAAACCAAACCAAGAGACCUUCCAAUAACCGGAAAUUUAUCUCAAAUUGAGUUAACAAUCCUUUCGGAAACCCAUCGAUAUUUCAAUCUUAAUGGCAAACAAUUAGUCCUAAAUAGGCCAUUGGAUAGAGACAAGGAUGGUUUAACUUCAAUUUACAUGCAAAUAUCCUGUACAGAGAAACAAACUGGAAUCAAGAAAUCAAUUCCAAUUCUGGUUAAAGUGAUGGAUAUCAAUGAUAACCCACCAAUAUUUAAACGUAAUCAUUACUCUGUAAACGUUUCAGAGUUAACUCCUGUUGGAAGCACAAUAUUCAGAGAUCUGGAAGCAAUCGAUGUUGAUUCUGGAAACAAUGGAUUAGUUGAAUACUCAACAGAACCUUUAGAUGGAAGUCAGACUGAUGGAUUUGGCUAUUUUGAGAUUAAGAUGCCUCAUCAAGGUUUGGUUACAAUUAAGAAGCCUCUUGAUUAUGAGCAAACCCAUUUGUAUAAACUUAAAGUCAUUGCAAUGGAUAAAGGUUCCAAUGGAUCUGACAGACUAUCAUCAACUACUGUUUUAACAAUCAAUGUAAUUGAUGGCGACGAUCAAGAUCCAUAUUUUAUCAAUAAAAACUGUCAACGCAAGAAUGGCCGAUGUUCAGAGGCAACUUAUUUUGCUUCAAUCACAUCUGAUUCAAUGGUUGGAAUGGUUUCCAUUUUACCUGAACCAAUUGCUGCUCGUGAUGGUGACACUCUAAACACUUCGUUGGGCUAUUCAUUUGUCAACGGAACACCAGCUAAUUAUGGUGAUUACUUUACAAUUGAUCGGACAACUGGACUGGUUAAACAAAUGAAGCGAGUUGACAGAUUGCUGAUUAAAUCUUUCAGCAUAACAGUUCGAGCUGAACAGUUGGACAACCCAAAGAGACACUCGUUUGCUAAAUUAAUAAUUCAAGUUGUUGCUGUCGAUAAAAAUCCACCAACUAUUAAAGCUUCAUCAGUUGAUGGUUAUGUACCCGAAGGAUCACCUAUUGGAACCGUCGUCUAUCAAGACAGGCUGACCAAAGCUCCACUCAAGUUGACUGUCACCGAUCCUGACAUUGGUAAAGAUGAUGCUCCAGCAAUUUAUGAAUUUGAAGUAACUAGCAGUUCAUUUCGUGUUAAUGGUGAUGGCUAUUUGAUUGUGGACGAUCCUAAUCUGGACCGUGAUCCACCAAACCCAAGUACUCACAAGUUUCAGGUAAUUGCUCGUCAAUUGGGUGCUAUUAAAGGCAAAGACGCAAGUCCACCGAUCACAAUUAAUGUUCAUCUUGAAGAUGUAAAUGAUAAUCAGCCCAAACUGCCAAUCUUGUCCCCAGUAACAAUUCAAGCUGGUGAAGGGGCCAGAAAUGUUUUCAAGAUUGAAGCUAAAGAUCUUGAUGAAAUGGAUUCUGGUCGAUUGAGAUAUUCCAUAUUCCAUGUUUCCAAUCAUGGCAAGGAAAGGUUUAGAAUCGAUUCUGAAACUGGACAAAUUGAAGCAAUUGGUAAACUAGUUGCUGGUGAACAAUACAGUUUAACAAUACUGGUUACCGAUUCAAGUGGUAAAUCAACCCAAGGUAUACUUGAGGUUGUCAUUGUUCGUGGACCGAAUACUGGUGGACCAGUUUUCCCUAAAGAACGAUAUGAAAUUGAAAUAUCGGAAGGAAUCUCUGUUGGGUCAACUGUUAUUACUUUAAAGGCUACUGAUCCUGAAAAUGAUCCAGUUAAAUACUCGAUUGUCGAGAGAAACACCAAUAAAGACUUUACCAUUGAUUCAGUUUCAGGAGUUGUUUAUGUUGCUCAGCCAUUGGACAGAGAAGAGGUCUCUUCUUAUAAUUUAAUCGUCAAAGCUGAGGACAAAGAUGGUCUAUUCAGUACCACUUCUUUGGUAAUCAGUGUAACUGAUAUUAACGAUGAAAAUCCCCACUUUCUUCGGUCCAAUUAUACCUUUAAAGUUGAUGAAGGUUCGGUUGAAGCUUUUGUUGGUAAAGUGACUGCAAGAGAUGCCGAUAUUGGGGAAAACGCUGAGGUUGUCUAUUCACUUUCAGAUGAUCGCCAUUUUCGGAUAAACCCAAAUUCUGGUGAUAUUUUCACGGCCGUUGCACUGGACUAUGAGCGAACCAAGGAACAUACAUUCGUUGUCACGGCUAAAGAUAAAGCUCCAAAUGCUCGAUUGUCAACUGCCUCAGUUACUGUAGAGGUUCUUGACUUACAAGAUGAACUUCCAACCUUUGCUCAACCAGUUUACUCGGUUUCGGUUCCUGAAAAUUAUGCUAAUCGUCAUCUAGUCCAAGUUAAAGCAACCGAUCCUGAUAGUUUACCGUCUAUAACCUACGUGUUACGAGACGGAGAUAAGUCUCUCUUCUCGGUUGACCCAUCGACUGGCAUUGUUAAAGUAAUCCGUGCUUUGGACUACGAGACUAGAGAUUCAUACAAUUUAAUUAUCGGAACAGUUGAAAAUGAAUCAGACGAUCCUAGAGCAACAACUCAAGUUUUAGUUACCGUCGUUGAUAUGAAUGAUAAUGCUCCUGAAUUUAUUUCCCCUCCUUCGCCGAUAAGGUUGCAAGAUUCAGUUCCAUUAGGAACCAUUUUAACAACCAUUCGUGCCAGUGAUGCGGAUGGAACAGCACCAGGAAAUAUUGUCCGAUAUAAAAUUGUUGGUCGCGAUAAAGCUCCUGCUUUCUUCAUUAUUGACUCAACUACUGGAGUGAUCUCGGUUAAAGAUGAUCUAAGAAAAGAUCCAGAAUCGGAAUACAGAAUUGAUGUUGUCGCUAGUGAUAAUGGAAGCCCAUCUUUAUCGGCUACAACCACAAUAACUGUCUUCGUUGACCAUAUUGCAACUCCUUCUCCUGAUCCUGGACUUGGCUUUUCCGAUUCAAAAUAUACCGUUGAAAUGGACGAGAAUGCUCCAAGUAAUACGAUUGUAAAAACAUUGCCAAUAAUGAACAAACCAAGAAGUCACUUUAUGUUUACCUGUGAAAUUAUUUCUGGUAAUGAGGAGAAUCGAUUUUCAAUCGUUGAAAAUGGCAAUCAGGAUUGUGAGAUUCGUGUUAAAGAACCCUUGGAUUAUGAACAUCAAUCUCGUUACAUGUUGACUUUGAGGUUAAACAGUGUUGCUGGUUUAUCUGGUUUUUCACGUUUAAUGACUCAAGUUGCAGUAAAUGUUAUGGAUGUUAACGAUAAUAAGCCAAUAUUCCAUGUACCAGGACGCUAUGCCCAUCUUACUCGCGACAGAUAUAUUGCCGCAAUCUCAUCCGAUGCUCCAGCCGACUCUCAAGUUAUUCAAUUGAAAGCAACCGAUGCAGAUUCAAUAGCAAACGGUAUCAUUACAUAUGAAUUAGUUCCCUCUUCAGAUCCACAGGGUAGGUUUAAAAUUGAGCCAGGAUCGGGUAUUUUGCGAACCUCUCGACCCAUGGAAGACAUACCGCCAAGUCAAUUGCCUCUUCGACUUGAAGUGAUUGUCCGUGAUAAUCCUCAACUUCAAUCGUCAUCUCUUUCUGAGGCAUCAGAGGUUAUUGUUAACCUGAUUGAGGAUAAACAUCGCUUAAUUUUUGUCCUUCGAGACACAUCCACGGGUAGAGCUCAAGAAUCGAAGGAACAAUUUCUCCAAAUAAUUCAAGAUCGUACAGGUCUUAUUCCUGGCUGGGAAAAGGCCGAGUCGUUAAAGAUUCAACGCAAUCAUACAAUCGAGUCUGAUGUUACUGGAACUGAUGUUUGGAUUUACUUGAUUGAUCCAUCAACUUUGAAAAUACUGACAACUGAUGAUCCAAAAGUAGUUGCAAUUUUGUCUGAUUUUAAGGCUAAACAGUCUUUGAUUCAAGCUUUAUCCUCAACUCUUGGGUUAACAUCAACAUCCAUACGAACCCCUUAUGUGCCCAUCAUUGUUUCAACUGCUGCCGUUGUUCCCAUCCCAGUUACCUCUGACAUCAACAAGUUGGGAUUGGGUUUAAUUGUUUUAGCUGCUGCCAUUGCUGUUUGUGGCUGUGCUGGUAUUGUUUAUCAGUGUGGAUCAAGUUCAAAAAGUUCAUCAACUCAUAGUCCGAUCGGGUCAACUCUAUCUAAACCUGGAGGUAAAGUUAAAAGAGUCAUGAUGUCUCCAGCUCCACCAAGACUUUAUGACCCCAUCUACACAGCUGAAACAAUUACAAGUUCAUCAAUUUUAGCCCAUGGAAGUAAAGAAUAUGAAACUCAAGUUCUUCACAUGGACAUGAAAAUCGACGAUGAAUUAGGUCGCAAUCCCAACUCUUCAUCCACUCCAUUAGAGGGCGAAGCAACAUCUUUAAGAGGUCUCAUGUCAGUCAGAGAUUUAAUGUCUAACGUUACUUAUAUGCCAAGAUCAAGAGCUUAUGGCAAUCACUCACCAAGUACAGGAACAAGUACAGUAACAAUGUCUAAUGAUAAAUCAUCUUCAAGAUCAAAUAGUAGACCUGAAAGUUCGGGUUCAUCCUCUUCAAAUGAAGGUCUUAAAUCAAGUCUUAAAACUCCACUUUAUUACAAAUUGUUAGAUGACAAUCGAUCCAUGUUUACCGAUGGAAGGUCACUUUUAUCUCGGGGCGGAAAAACAACUGAAUUGUGAUUAGACUGUUCAAAGACGUUUAUUACUGUUCAAUGAAAUUUUACUAUUAACACUCGGAUUCACUUCGUCAAAUCAUGAUUAUAUUGACAAACAGAAUGACUGGAAAAUCAAUUAAGAUCUCUUCCGGUGCCAAAUAAUUAAUCAUCAUUGUUGUAUCUUGAUUGUCACUUUGGAUGUGAAGUUAUAUCACAUUUACUUGAACCUUUUUGUGUAAUAUAAUGUUUAGUCGUGACACGAUGGAUGGUCAUUUAUUCAUUGAACCAUCAAUUCUGGUAACUAUGAUAUAAUGGACAGUAAUGACAACAAUUGACAAUAAGAUACAAUAUUUUACUUUAAAGCUUUAUUUGUUACCAAACAAAGGCUCAACCACAAUUGAGAAUAACUACUGAUGAUUGUUAAAUCAUUAAUAUCAUGAAAUGAUUAUUUCCAGUUUCUUGUCACUUUCAUCACAAUAAUCAUCACCAUUACCAUCAUUUUCAUCUUUUAAAUCACUUAAUUUACAUUGCCAUUGAUGAUCAACAAUUAAAAGUUGAACUACAUUAAAAGUUGGAUUGCGUUUCCCUAAAAUCGGUUUCAUUUUUUAAUUUCAUUUGUCAAAAUGCAACAAAAUUUAUUGUAAAUAAACAGUCAACUAGUUUAAAUAAAAUCGUUUAU